AUGGAGCGGCUCCUGACGUACCGCAUCUAUGGCGCGCCGGCGUACAUGGUCGUCCCCUUUGUCGUGCUCGUCGUGGUCUACGUCGUGCUCGUCGUGCGCUUCGUGCAGCACAUGCGCGGCCUCGAUGUCACGUUUACGGGCAAAAAGCGGCGCCUGGCGCUCGUGUUGGGCCCCCGUGGCGCAGGCAAAACGCGCUUUUUCCACCUCGUGCGGGACGGCGAGCACGUUGAGACGGUGAGCUCGAUGAAGGAGCAGACGGGCCGCUUUGUCGUGCACAGCAAGUACAACUCCGACCAGUUUGACGCCGAGCUCACGGUCGUGGACUUUCCUGGCCACGAACGCCUUCGCCCACGCAUGGCCGACUUUUAUCCGGCAGCAGGAUGUAUUGUGUUUUUGGUCGACGCGAGUGACGUGCCGUCGUUCCGCAAUGCUGCAGAGUUCCUGUACGACGUAUUUGCGAACAAAAAGGUGAAUGACUUGACGCCUCCGAUGAUGGUCGCGUGCAACAAGAGCGACAUGCGUGAAGCUGUCAGUCCUCAAGUGGUGCGGGACGCGCUGGAAAAAGAGCUGACGCAGUUGAAGAAGACGCGGUCGUCGUUGGAGACAGAGGGAGACGACGAAGACCAGGACUUGUACCAGGUUCCAGUCGGACGGGAUGGCACUCCGUUCGAGUUUGAUGUAGACGCGCCGUGCGAGAUUUCGUUCGUCAAGUGCAGCGUCAAGGACGCCGAGAUUCAUGACGUCGUGCGCUUUAUCCAGCAGCAUUAG